GGAUAAGAGUGGGGAGAGAGAGGUCGUAAGAAAGGCUUAGGGUACAGCUACAAGUGCAGCAGAAUGAGAAAGCGAAAAGCUAAAUAGGUUGGGGAGAAAAGCAAAGCGGCUUGUAACACCUUAAAGGCAUAACAGAAAAGGUUGCCAUGGCAACAGGAAGAAAUGUGAUGAGAGCUGUCAAAGUGUUUGAAUUUGGUGGACCUGAAGUGCUUAAGUUGCAGUCAGAUAUCUCAUUGCCAGUUCCAAAAGAGAACCAGGUUCUCAUUAAAGUUCAUGCAUGUGGCAUUAACCCUGUGGAGACCUAUGUUCGUUCUGGGAAUUACGCUAUAAAACCAGCUUUACCCUACACACCUGGUACAGAUGUGAGUGGGGUAAUACAAGGAGUUGGGGAACAUGUAGCUGCUUUCAAGAAAGGAGACAGGGUUUUUACCAUUUCUACUGUUUCUGGCGGUUAUGCUGAAUAUACCGUUGCAUCAGUUGACACUGUCUUUUCCUUGUCUGAUAAACUGGACUUCAAGCAAGGUGCAGCUAUUGGGAUUCCAUAUUUUACUGCAUACCAUGCUCUCUUUCAAAAAGGGUCUGCCAAAGCAGGAGAAACCGUGCUAGUCCACGGAGCAAGUGGAGGAGUUGGAAUUGCAACAUGUCAGAUUGCAAGAGCUUAUGGCUUGAAGGUCUUGGGCACAGCUGGAACUGAGGAAGGAAUGAAACUUGUUUUGAAAAACGGAGCCCACAAAGCAUUUAAUCACAGGAAGAAGGAUUACUUGGCUCAAAUUAAGGAAGAAGCUGGUACCGGAGGCGUAAAUGUGAUCAUAGAGAUGUUGGCUAAUGUCAAUCUUGCUAAUGACUUGCAACUCCUGUCAAGUGGAGGAAGAGUGAUGAUAGUGGGUUGUCGGGGUCCAAUUGAAAUACACCCUAGGGACACUAUGCUGAAAGAAUCAAGUAUCAGAGGAGUUUCUUUAUGGUCUGCAUCUAAGGAAGAGAAGCAUGAAUGUGCAGCAUCAGUUCUUGCAGGCAUAGAUGCUGGCUGGCUGAAACCUGUACUAGGUCCCGAGUAUCUGAUGGAGAAGGUGGCAGAGGCUCACAAAGACAUAAUCCACAGCCAAGGUGCUUUGGGGAAGAUGGUGCUUCUUACAUGUUAAAUCAUUGCUGUUAAGUGCCUUGGCAGUAAUCUUCUGAAUGCUGAUCACAGUGUUUAUGCAGCUUGCUUGGAACAGUACACAAAAUGUAAUUCAGAUAAAAGAUGCAACAGAUGCGAUAGGCACUAAUUUGGACAGGAAAUGGCAUUAAAUAUUUUAUUUGAACUUGGAAAGAAUUAAAUGCUUCAUAUUUUUGGCUUGUCUCAAACAACGCUAUGCUGCUCAUUCUUCUGUGAAUCUUGUAACAGAUGUCUGUUCUGCUGACUUGAAUGGUACAGCUGUAUUAUGCUCUGCUUCUUUUUCCCCCCAUGAAAAUGCUGAAUCUGCAUUUGAGCCUAUAUAAGAAAGAACCAUAUACUGAGUGAAAACCUUCGGUAUUUACUGACUACAGAUUGCUGUUCCUGAACCUUCCUUCAAAAUUAUAAUAUAAUUAUAUCUAGGGGAAGCUAGAGCUAUGAGAUCAUUUGCUUUCUGUCUUCAUGCAGUAAAGGUUCUCAGUAAGGUACAUCAUCUGUUAAAGAGCCAUAACUCUAGCAGGAUAUUAAUUUUUAUUUGACGAAACUCCAGUUCGUACAGUUGCUGGUCCUUUUGUGCAAGGUGGGUGUGGUAUAUGGCUUGAGAAGUACAUCCAGAAGAGGCUGCUAAUAAUGGAAAGAUUAACUUCUUUCUGCAUUCCUCAUACAUGUAACAAUGCAAAAUGACAUGUUCAACAGAUUCUAUUGAUCCCGAGCCACAGGGACAUAUCUGUUCAUUAACCGGGAUUUUGCUAAACGUCCUUCUAGUAAUGCUGGUGGCAACACAUUAAAGCGAGCAACGGUAAAUGCUCUUCUAUACUGUGGAAUGGUAAACUCUAUCACUCAUCCCAGCCUUCCAUCAGAAGAGGCACACUAAUUGGAUAUCACCCAUAAUCUUUCAAAUAGUGUGCCUCAAAGAAUAGGCCCAAACUGUUAUAGACAUUUGUGUUUUUAUUAUCUCCACUUAUUGGAGGCUUACUUUUGGCUUACUGCCCAUCUCAAAUAGGCUAAGCUAAUCCGUCAAAAGUAGCUAAUUUGAGAGUUACAACACAAGUUGAAAAUAUAAGUCAGCAAGUCAGCCCUCUGACCCAGUUCAUAUGUAACUGACCGAGAUCACCCUGAAACAGAUGGCGCAUCAUCUGUUAAGCAUUCUCCUCUGAUAGCAGAACGCAGUUGUAAGUGGAAUUAAUAAAAAACUUUAAACCCACUUUAUUACAUUUAGGGCUGUUGACGUGCUGCUUGGCAUAAACGCCUGAGAGAUUCUUUGUCCCAUUAUCUGGUAUCAUGCACUGUCACUUUAAGCAGUUCAGUUAAUCCUGGAGGGAGUGUGUCUCCUUCUUGGAUGGGUGAAGAGGACAAAGCAAGCAAUUAUGCCAUGAGGUCAUUAGCGUCCGGUGAUGUAUUUGGGACAAAAGUUCAGCAAUAUGACUUCUUCGAGCCACAACAAAAUUGAAUAUCUCAUGGUCAAAUCAGGUGCGUUUAUGACUACACCCCAGGCAAAGAGUGUCAUACUCCCAAAGUGUGGCAUAAUUAUAAGUGGGAUGGUUGGGCAGAUACUUCCCACCCCCUAAAUCCAGCAAUCUCUGAGAAGUCCUGUCUUGAUUACAUUUUGUCAAAGGACCUCUGAAGUAUUCUUUCAGCUUUUAGUUUGUUCAGGGACUUGUUUUCCUCUGAUCAAAUGCUAUAAAAUGCAUGCACUCUGGUACGUUCUGCUACUAUACACUUCUGUUGUGUUCUUCUUCUUCUGUUUCCCCUUGUCUCUUCUUCAGCCCUGUGUCUGUUGUGGUCAGGUCCUCUGGGUGGUAUAGAAAUGCAAUAAAUAAUUAAAAAAUACCUAAAUAUAUUUAGCCCCCAUAUGCCUGAUAAAUUAGUGGUUGGUAUGGUUAUUACUGAUAUUAAAACAAUAAUGGGAGAGGUUGUUUAUUUCCCACCAGAAGGUGUCAUACUAGUGUUGCCUUUAAUACAUUUUUUAUCUGCAGCAAUGAGAUGUACCAUACUUUAGCCACAAAAGGAAAGAGAAAAUAAUUGUAACAGUAUUUGCCAAAACACAAUUUCACACUUUUAACCUGAGAUACACAUGGGGUAUUAUCUCAAGAAAGGUGGGAAUCCUUUUCCUUAAUCAGUUGUUUGAACUCCUGUUUCAUUAGAUUUUGUUUACUGGACCUAUAAUGAAUGACUAACAUCCCUUCACAGUGAAUGAGAAAGCCGAUCUGUUUGAAAUGCUGUGCGCUCCUCUGAACUAUAUGAAGGUAAUAAACUGAUGACAAUCCAAUAAAUGCAUUAGGGGAAAACAUCACUUACCAGAAGAACUGAAUUGAUAUGUUGUAGUAAAAGUGUCAAGGUGUGGAGAAUUAGUUUAUACUGAAGUGAAUACUAGGCGUGCUUCAUCUGUUUCCCUACGAACAAAUCGGCACGGCAUAAGGAAGGAAGUAGAUCAGGUCUACAGGGUCAUCUGUAGUAGACCAACAUGGGUUUAUAACUCCCAACUGUUUAACAACACAAGGCUCCCUCUUAGCCUCCUAAGUUUGUUUGCUAAAGUGAUGAAAACCAGGAGUGGAUUCAUGUGUGACAGAACGAUGAGCUCAGCUCUAUACUGAAACAAAUAAAAAAGCAGGGUACCCCGUUCCUUAAUUAUAUAUUUCUUAUCGUCCUUCUAUUAUUUUACACUUGACUGGUUAAUGGAUUGUGAGGUUCAGGUAACACACACAAAGUAGAUUCUGUGAGUUUGAAGUCUACCUAAUCUUAUACAGUGAAAAGACUGUCUCACUGUCAUAUAUGAAAUGCUGCACGUUGUACUACUGUUCCAUGGAUGAGACCACAACUGUACUUGUAGUGAAAUCAACAUGAAGUGCCAAAAUAAACAUUCUAAGAUUCCAGA